AUGAAGAACAACACAGAAGUGACGGAGUUCAUCCUCCUAGGACUGACUGAUGACCCACAGCUACAGAUCCCACUGUUUAUAAUCUUCACCCUCAUCUACCUCAUCACUGUAGUAGGGAACCUGGGCAUGAUAGUGCUGAUCCUCUUGGACUCUCAUCUCCACACGCCCAUGUACUUCUUCCUCAGUAAUCUGUCUCUGGUGGACUUUGGUUACUCCACAGCUGUCACUCCUACAGUCAUAGCUGGAUUUCUUACAGAAGAAAAUGUCAUCUCCUACAAUGCCUGUGCUGCUCAGAUGUUCUUUUUUGCAGUAUUUGCCACUGUAGAAAAUUUCCUCUUGGCCUCAAUGGCCUAUGACCGCUAUGCAGCCGUGUGCAAACCCUUGCAUUACACCACCACCAUGACCACAGAAGUGUGUGCACAUCUGGCCACAGCCUCCUACCUCUGUGGUAUCAUGAAUGCCUCCAUCCAAGUUGGGGACACAUUCAGCCUCACUUUCUGUGGCUCCAAUGUGGUCCAUCACUUUUUCUGUGAUAUACCAGCUGUCAUGGUUCUCUCUUGCUCUGAUAGACAUGUUAGUGAACUCGUUCUUGUUUAUAUAGUGAGCUUCAAUAUCUUUUUUGCUCUCCUGGUUAUCUGGAUAUCCUACAUUUUCAUAUUUGCCACCAUCCUAAAGAUGCACUCAUCAUCAGGCUAUCAGAAGGCUCUGUCCACCUGUGCCUCCCACUUUGCUGCCGUCUCCAUCUUCUAUGGGACUGUUAUCUUCAUGUACUUACAGCCCAGCUCCAGCCAUUCCAUGGACACAGACAAAAUGGCAUCUGUGUUCUAUGCCAUCAUCAUCCCCAUGCUGAACCCCAUGGUCUACAGCCUAAGGAACAAGGAGGUCAAGAGUGCCUUCAUGAAGCUAUUUGUAGCAGUAAAAUCAUCUUUAGGAUCAGGAUUUUAA